AUGGCAGGCCGUGUUGUGAGCUUUUUCUUGCAGAAAUUGGACACCCUACUGACAGAGGAAGUGAGGCUCCUCUCUGGAGUGCAUGAAGACAUUGUUUGGCUUAGGGAUGAGCUUGGAACCAUGCAGGCCUUCUUAGAGGAUGCAGAGAGAAGGAAAAGCAGAGACCUCCUUGUAAGAACAUGGGUGGUACAAGUGAAAGAGGUGGUCUACUUCGCAGAGGAUAUACUCGAUGAAUUCAUGAUUCAGAUGGAGUGUCUGGGCCAAUUCUCUGUUAAGAAGCUCAUAAUUCGCCAUCGAGUCGGAUCAAAGAUUCAAGACAUCAAGGCACGCAUUCGUGCAAUAACUGAUAGGAGAACCACGUAUGAUAUUCAAAGGAGAGAUGAUGAAGCAGCCACACUUUUCAGAGCAAAAGACCCUCUUGUCACCGCUCCUUUCAUCGCAGAAGCAGACAUAGUCGGAUUACAGGAAGAUGUAGAAAUUUUGGUUGGAUGGCUGUUGAAUGGACGUCCAAAACUUGAAAUGAUCUCACUGGUGGGGAUGGGUGGGAUAGGCAAAACCACGCUUGCUAAGAAAGUCUUUCAAAUGGGAAAGACGAAGAGCCACUUUGAUCGUCGUUCCUGGGUGACUCUGUCUCAAUCCUUCACAAUAGCUGGGCUUGUAAAAUCCAUGUUGAAAGGGUUCUACAAAAAUGUCAAUGAGGAAACUGCAACUAUAGAUACAAUGGAUGAGGGACAACUCUACAUGUGCCUCUACUCAUUCUUACAGGAGAAGAGGUUUCUUUUGGUUCUAGAUGAUGUAUGGAGUGAAGAUGUUUGGAAUGGAUUGAGUAUUUUCUUGUUAGAUUGCAAACCUGGAAGUAGGAUUGUGUUGACAACCCGAAAAAGGAAUGUAGCAUCAUCAAUACAAGUUCGGAGCCAUAUCCACCACCUAAGGCCAUUAACAAGGGAAGAGGCAUGGUCCUUGUUUUGUAAGAAGGCAAUUCGAAAAUUUGAUUAUAAGAGAAUCACUCCAGAAAUGGAAAAGGUGUGGAGAAUUAUUGUGAGCAGAUGUCAGGGUGUCCCUCGAGGUAUUGUUUCUAAGAGACAAAUAGAGAUAGCUCAAUGGAUGGAAGUACUACAAACUCUGCAGUGGGAACUGGCAAACAAUCCCUCCUUGAAAAGAGUAAGGGGGAUUUUAUCCAUGAGUUAUAAUGAUUUGCCCACUCAUCUAAUUCAUUGUUUCUUAGAUUGUUGUUUAUUCCCCAAGGACUAUGUGAUCAGGAAAAGCAAGCAGAUUAAGCUAUGGGUGGGAGAAGGAUUUGUUGAACAAUUACCUCGUGAAACAGGAAAAUUGAUUCACUUGAGGUUUUUGGGACUAAGGAAUACAGGAAUUCGUAAACUUCCCAAGUCCUUGCAAAAUCUUCGUAGACUAGAAACUUUGGAUGCCAUUGGAAGUAAUUUGAAGUCAUUGCCCCAUUGGAUAUCACACCUGCAAAACCUGAACCACCUGCUUGUAAGAAAAAUAAUGCCAUUAGAUGUGGAAGGUGUAAUUGAACUGCUCAAAUCUGAUAAAGGCAUCUAUUAUAAGCAGUUUGUGCGAAUUAAUUUUGAUGUUGGCAGCUUAGCACACCUUCGCACAUUGCAAUUUGUAGGAGUUAAGGGGAAGGCUAUUAAACAUUUAGGGGAGUUGUCUCAGCUUGAGAAACUACACUUCCUGAUACAGAACAAGGCAGAUGGGCAAAAAUUAUGGGCUGCCAUCCAAAAUAUGAGGAACCUUCAAAAUCUGGUGAUUCUCACUAAAACAAAGCCCAUCGUCAUAGAAUCGAUGGAUUCUCCUCCACCGCGUCUGAGUAAAUUACAACUGCAUGUGAUAUUGAGAAAGUUACCCAAGUGGUUGUGCUCCCUAGAGAGCCUUACAAGGUUAGUAUUAAGAUCUUCAGCUCUAAGUGAAGACCCACUUGUAGCCUUACAAACACUUCCGAAUUUGACAAAACUCAUGCUAUCAAAGGCAUAUUAUGGUCGUUUUAUGGGAGGUGAUGGUAUUGUAGGCUUUCCAAAACUCGAGCAUCUCGUGCUUCAUAACUUGAAGAACCUUUGCUGGUGGGGGGGGAUGAAGGAGGGAUGCAUGCCAAUGCUAAGAACCCUGACUAUCAUUGGCUGCAAGAAUUUGGUUGAGUUGGAUGAUAGCUUUCAAAACCUCACUUCACUCCAAUGCCUUAUUCUUGGAAAUAUGGCCAAGGAUUUCGUUGAAGCAUUACAGCCUAAAGAGAGAGGCUAUUACAAAGUUAAACACAUCCCUGAAAUCAGAAUACUUACUUUGAUUCGUGGAGCGUUGUUCUACAAGAACUUAAGGGCGUAUUGA